GUUUUGGUUUCGAAAAAAACGAACAAGAGCAGACGUUAGAUGUGGCGACUAUACUAUAGGAUGAAGUACUGAUGCGAACUACUCCAGAGGAUGAAGAUGAGGAAGAUGCUCGGACAGCGUCGGGGUCGUCAGUGUUUGAACAAGAGAACCGAGAGAAGAGUGACAGGAGCAGAGGUGAGAGAGAAAAAAGACUCGAGAAAAAGUGGUGCGGAGUGACACAAGCAACGGUUCUCUUGUUAACGGGAGAGGGGUAUAAAUAUACGUUUGUCAUGCAUAUUUGAAGUUAAAGUUCGAGAAUAUAUUUAUUUGAGAAAUGCUCUACUAAGAAUUGAAGAAAACAAUGAUAAAAAAAAGUAUUGUAAUCACCACUGAAUUUAGAGUGCAUAAUUGACGUAUUACUGCCUGUUGUCGGACUGGGAGGAAACGGGUUACUCGAGAAGCACGCACCUACUGCCACCUUGUGGCUUGUAAACAUAAGCGCUUGGGAAACUGAGCUACUGUUUACUACUGAAUGUCCACCGCUGCUAGUUUUAUCUGGCUUCCUCCCAAUUCCUCCGUGUUCUUUUAUUUGUUUAGUUUUAACGCAACACUAUCAUCUAUCGGUAUCACAGAGAAUAUCAGCACUGUGUUACUGCAGACAGAAACAGUUGUUUUUGUGCCAUAACAUGGCGGAGGGGAUUGUGUUUAUUCGAUAUGAUUUUAUUGUUUAUUUUAAGGGUACAUUUCAUCCGUAUUUUUCUUCUAUGGAUAUGGAUAUAAUAGAGUGAUAUAGGUGAAAACAAAAUAGGACUUACAAUGACGUAUUUACAAUUUGCCCACUAGAUGCCGCUUUGUAGCUGUGCACGUCAUGUCCAGGAAUUCUGAGCUCCCUUUUCCCCUCUGGUCAGCAGCCAUCCAUCAUAUGGAAAAGUGUAACUAUUAAUGUUUUUCAUUACAGCAGCUUAUACUUAGUUCAGCAUACUAUUUACUUAAUACUCCUCAGAGAACGCAGCCUUAUGUAUGGAAGCUCUGCCUUAAAUUAACCUUUCCUUCUCAAAGCCGUGCAGUCUGGGGAAUAGGUUAAUAUAAUUAUGGAGAUGGAAAUCAUUUCAGUAGUGGAUCUGUGGUCUCCAAUGUUUAAUUUGUCGAAUCAUUGCCCAUAUAAGUGCCAAUUAUUUUAUAUAUUUUGGCUAAAAAAUACAUCAUCUUGAUGCACCUCUCAAACCUUUUUUUUAACUUUAUCUUUUAAUAUCAGGCCAAAAAUAAAACGUAUAUGUGUCUUUGUUGUGGUGGGUGAAUGCAGCUGCAGCCUCCUGAUCCCUAUAAACACGUUGGACUUCAAUAAGUUCAGGUGAUUAAAAGCCUCUGUCAUUAUUCUCUCACUCGUUAAGACGGCCUCUCGGAUUUCAAGUGUCUCCUUUUACACUCGGGAGCCCUGCACAUUCAUCAUAGUACCGGGCUGAAGUUUUAUUGCUGCCUCUAGAGGUGGAUGCAAAAACAAAAGUUGAGUGUGGGAGUGAGUGGGAUGGACUCGGAGGGCAGCUCGCCCCCGGUUUACGCACUCUCUCACUGGGGAAAACAGAGGAAAAGCCAGGGAAUGAGUGGAGAACACAUUUCACGCACUUCAUUCACUUGAAACUCCGAGUUAUCCCACAUUGCUCUGGGCGUACCUUCGCGUUUUUUCACCACAGUGAAGGAAGGUGAGUGACGGGGGUCACAGCUCCAUAAAUACUUGGAGUGACACAGGGCUGUGAAUGGACCGUAAAGGAGCGCGCACUGUUGGAGGAAACUGACGCACAAGAAAGGGGCGCAGAGGUGACUCUACUGCAGGCUGGUGCUUUAAAGAACAAUUCAAACAAUAAUUGGACCAAAGCUCCUCAAAUGCCACCCUGACGCAUAUGGUUAAUAUGGAGAGUCUAUGAGGAAGCAUUGGCGACAAGAUAAAUCACCUACAUUUUUUCUAAUUUAUUUUUUGCCAGAUUGCGAUGUAGUUCAACUUCUCAGCCCAGAGUGAGCCAUUUGUCAAGAUGACAGCGCGUACACCUUUGAACCGUGCUGUUCUCGGACUGGCGUGGAGCUGCUUGAGCUUUCUAUGCUGCGCUCAUUGCGGCUCGUUGAGCGACAACCAUGUGCACUCCAGUUUUAUUUACAGGAGAUUGCGCAAUCACGAGCGUCGGGAGAUCCAGAGAGAGAUCCUCUCCAUCCUGGGCCUUCCUCACCGUCCCAGACCCUUCUCUCCCGGGAAGCAGGCGUCCUCCGCGCCGCUCUUCAUGCUUGACCUGUACAACGCGAUGGCCGUGGAGGAAGAGGAGGAGAGGGCGCAGCAGAGCGCGGCAAGGAGCCACAGUGCCAAGGCUCAAGGGCACUCCAGGAAAAGUUAUUACAGUGCCCAGCAUGUCGGGUACAGCCGUGUCGCACAGCCCUACCGAGCGGCCCCUCUGUUAGGCCACAGCCCUGCACUGACCACAGCACAGGACACCAACUUUCUUAAUGACGCUGACAUGGUCAUGAGUUUUGUCAAUUUAGUGGAGAAAGACAAAGAUUUUUCUCACCAAAGAAGACACUACAAGGAAUUCCGUUUUGAUCUGACCCAGAUCCCGGAUGGUGAGGCGGUGACUGCGGCGGAGUUUCGGAUCUAUAAAGAUCGCAGUCACGCACGCUACGACAACAACACUCUAAAGGUCUCCGUAUAUCAAGUCAUUAAAGAGUAUCCAAACAAAGAUGCCGAGACUUUCUUGCUCGGCUCCAGAAAUGUCCAGGCCUCUGACGGAGGCUGGCUGGUGUUUGACAUCACAGCCACCAGUAACCACUGGGUGAUGAACCCACAGCAGAACUUGGGCCUGCAGCUGUGUGUGGAGACUGUGGAUGGACGGAGUAUCAACAUCAAAUCUGCUGGAAUCAUUGGGAGAAAUGGGCCCCAGUCCAAGCAGCCAUUCCUGGUAGCUUUUUUCAAGGCCAGUGGGGUAUUACUGCGCUCAGUCAGAGCCGCCGGUGGGAAGAAAAAGAGUCACAAUCGCAAUAAAUCUACUAAUCAACACGAAUCAUCAAGAGCACCAAAGUCUGGAGAUUAUAACACAAGUGAGCAGAGACAAGCAUGUAAAAAACAUGAACUUUACGUCAGUUUUCGAGAUCUAGGCUGGCAGGAUUGGAUCAUUGCACCCGAGGGCUACGCUGCUUUCUAUUGUGACGGCGAGUGCUCGUUUCCACUCAACGCGCACAUGAAUGCAACAAAUCAUGCGAUUGUGCAAACCCUGGUGCAUUUAAUGUUCCCUGACAAUGUGCCAAAGCCAUGCUGCGCGCCAACCAAGCUCAACGCAAUAUCAGUGCUUUACUUCGAUGACAGCUCCAACGUGAUCCUCAAGAAAUACAGGAAUAUGGUGGUCAGGUCUUGUGGAUGCCAUUAGUGCGUGGACUCACUUUAACUUAUAGAAUCUGGUCAAACGGGGGAAUCGCUGGAAAACACAUCUGCGACAGGUGUGAUGUUUUGUACAUUGUAGUGUAUAUAAAGUUUUUAUUACUUAAUUUAUUUUUCUCUUUUUUUAAUAGCACUGACUAUUGUGAUAUUUAAAUGAUUAGACAAAUAUUUUUAUUACACAUCUCCUCUAACUCUUGCGUCCAUUGGCAUAUACUCAGUUUUUAUUUGUAUUUACUCUGUUUUCAUUUUCUUUUUAAAUUAUGUUAUAGCAUUCUAGAUGAGCAGUGUUUAUUGUCUCUGUCCCCCCAAGUUACUUUAAACCACUUAUGCAUAUAGAGUAGUUUCCAUGAGGCAACACAAGCACAACUUGCGCAAGUUGAUGGAAACUUUUUUGAAUUAAAUUAAAUCACUGGAAAAAAGCAGUGAGUGUUUUAUAAUGUCAACCAACCAGCACUGAUACAACUUCAUUUUUUCCGUGUCAGCUUUUUUCCCCUUUUCCUGUUUUUGUGGAUGAGCGUGUCCUCACGAGGGAGUGUUUUUGGAAUUUUUGGCUCCAAGUUUGUCAACGUAUUAAUGGCUGACAAUUUAUGUCGUUCUUCACACCACCCUGGUCUAUCUCUCCGCCCAUAAACACCAUCGCCUCGUGUCUAUGUAAAAUAAAAGCUAUAAACACUUAGGACUUCUUCCAAUUUCUGUUUAAAAGUAUACUUUACUCUGGAGUGCAGUGCAGUUCAAUAAAUUUACCAUUUCAAAAAAGCCUCUCCUUUUUCCUCUUCUCGUUAUCCCCACAUAAAACAGAAUUGUCUCGAACCUCUGCAGGUUUCAGAUUCACCACCAGCCUUCCUAACAGCCCCGUAUUCUUUUGUAUUUCUGUCUUAUCCACUGUGGACUGCUGCCAGACUACCUUCUAGGAUUUAUAAAUGACUGGCCAGUAUGAUGUAAACUUAAAGUGCACCCACUGAGCCUGUUGACACGUUCUCAGUAGUGGUACGGUGCUAACACUAAAACAUUCGCUGUGACCUCCAACCUGCCCCAGAAGGGUGAUAAUCACUGGGCUGCCAGCAGAGAAAUGUAUAUCAUUUAGUGACCGAUCUCUUCCAGAUUAUGGAUGAAAGACGCUCUCCAUCGCAUAAUUUAUGGGAUACCUACAGUAUGGCACCCCCUCCGUGCAUUCUUAGCCCUUGUAUUUUGAGUUUUGCCAUCUGCUCCGAGCAAGGAUUCACGACUGGAAACAAAGAGAAGAACAUAAAUUCAAGUGUUCUUACUCUUCCUACUCACUCAGGAUAAGCAGAUUUUUUGUUUUUUUCUGUGUGAGUGAGUGAGUAAGAGAGAACGUGCUAUUUCCAGAGAACCGCUCCGGUUACGCGCUGAUUUUUCGAUGGUCUUGGAAAUGUUGGGAUUAGGUUAAAGAUUAAUAUUUAUUUACACAACUGUGCUGGCCUUGGCUGAACACAGGAUAUGUUCUGUUGCACUCUCUACUCCCACCUUUGCUCUUCAUAUAACAUUUUUUUCUGUGACACGGUCGAACAUUGAGUGACUGUAUUUCACUUAUUAAAAGCAGCGGCCUGCCUGCCCAGAUGUUACGCGGCUGCAUCUAAAAGGAGUGUUGACAUUGGGUGAGUAGAAGCGGCCACCUGCUAACUUAACUCUUGGCUUGAGGGGUGAUUUGCAUUCCUGUGGCCUGUUGCCUGGCAUGAUUACUUCUAGCACUUCACAAUCCCGUCUACUGUUUAAUAUCAGCGGCUCCGUCCAAUUCAGCCACAUUUCGAACGAUUCUGUGCGACAGAGUCUCCGCUGAAUGAGCUCUUAUUCAGCCUUACCGCAGAAUUACGCUUCCUUCUCAACAGCAGCCGCCCGACCACAUUAGAGCGGAUGGGUAACAAAAGCCAUACUCAGGGGCAGAUUAAAACGUCAGUGCCUUCUCCUUAGACGCUCCUCCAGUCAAACUCAGCCCUGCUGUGGGUCAGAGGUUCUCUCACAUUCAUCACACUCCAACCUCCAGUAGCUACUUGUAGAACGAAGACGAGUAAAAAGGUGGGACACCCUCACCUUAUCUAAUUUUCUGAUGUAUUAUUCAUUGAUUCAGUCACUGGUGUUAAAAUGUUAUUUGACUAGACUGUAGUAACCUACAUAAUUCCAUAAAUUUGAUCCCUGCACGGAAACUAACUUCACUUUUAUAGUCAGGAUGCCUUCUCCUGUGAUGAAAGCAGCUUUUUUUUAACUCAAACUUUACUACAAACACGUGUUCACGUUGGUAGUCUUUCAGAAUAUGUUCUAUAUCUAAGUAAACAUCUUAAGCACUUACAAAAGUAUCUGCAGAUACGUAAACGAUUCACG